GUUGACACUUUAGGUUAGUGCCGUUAAAUGUGGACGGAUACAAGUUGAUGGUGAGAUGGUGCCAGUUUCGUACAUAGUUAAAUCAUCACAGAAAAUCAGCCAUUUCUUACACAGGCAUGAACCACCAGUGAUGGCUUGGGAAGUUUCCAUUCUUCAGAAAGAACCGGAUGUACUGACUGUUUGCAAGCCACCGUCUGUACCAGUGCAUCCAUGUGGUCAAUAUCGUAAGAACACAAUUGUUGGCAUUCUUCAGGCAGAUUAUGCUCUCUAUCUUUUCCUUGACACAAAAAUGUUAGCGGUUCAUCGAUUAGAUCGUCUUGUCUCAGGGCUUCUUAUCUUGGCUAGAAAUGCUUCUAAAGCUGACUUGUUUAGGCAACAGAUUGAAGCUGGUAAAGUGCAGAAACAGUAUGUCGCAAAGGUUAUAGGGGUGUUUCCAGAGGGUGAGCAAGUUGUUGAUGUCAACAUAAAUUAUGAUGCUAGGGCAGGAAGGAGCACUGCAGAGGUUGGUGACUCUUGUGGUGAUACUCCCUUGAAGGGAAAGGCUGCUUGUACCAAGUUUACCAGGAUUAGUACCAAUGGAACUCACAGUAUUGUCUUGUGCAAACCAAUCACUGGCCGGACCCAUCAAAUACGUGUGCAUUUGCAGUAUACUGGCCAUCCAAUUGCCAAUGACAUGCUUUACCUCUCUGAACCUGUUUCUGAUUGUGCCACACAAGGAAUGAGUGCUGACAGAUCUGCUGCUUGUUCAGGCCAUUCUCUAACAUCCAUUACUCAUGAAAAUUUUCUUGAUAAAGAUGAGACCUCUAGUGAAGAAUUCAGAAUUGAUCCUAUGUGUACAAAUUGUCCGAACUUGGCUCCAAAAGGAUACGAUGUACAUGAAGAAGGUUUAUGGCUUCAUUGUGUUCGAUACUCUGGACCUGGGUGGGGUUAUGAAUGCCCAUAUCCCGAUUGGGCAUCAAAUGCCUAAGCAUAUUUUCUUUCUUUUUAUUAAAACAAUUAAUGACCUCUGGGAACAAAUGAGUCACUACUUGUCUUAAAAUUUUGUGAAAUUGUACGAUCUCUCUCUCUCUUGGGUUAGGAAUUGUUUUGGGGCAUUGGGCCGAGGAUUGAACUCCGUUAAAAUCCCCGGGCUGUAGAUGGACAUAUCCAUUAGAUUAGUGACCAAGGGUUAUUUUUGUAUCGUAUUUUCUGUCUUUUUAAUGAGCAAUGUUUUUGAAGUUCCUCUUAUCUUUUUGUAAGCUCAUAUUUUUUAACUGCAAAUUAAUGAAAAGUGCAAUUAUA